UCAUCUCCUCUUUUUUACAACAAGACUCCUUCAAUGACUGUGUUUGACGCAAACAGUGAAUUGGAAGCCAAAACCAUGCGGCUAUCCAUUGCUAACCGUAUUGAAGCGGAAGCGGAAGCACCUGAAGAAGAAGUCAUUCUCAAGGAAAAUCCACGCCGUUUCUGCUUAUUCCCUAUCAAAUAUCACGAGAUUUGGGAAUUCUACAAAAAACAUGAAGCGUCCUUCUGGACAGCCGAGGAGAUCGACUUGUCCAAGGAUCAGGUCGAUUGGGACACCAAACUGACUGCGGAUGAACGGUUCUUCGUUUCCCGCGUGCUGGCUUUCUUUGCUACUUCGGACGGCAUCGUGAAUGAGAAUCUAGUGCAGAACUUUUGUGAUGAAGUCAAAAUCGGGGAAGCCAAAUGCUUCUAUGGUUUCCAGAUCAUGAUGGAGAACAUUCACUCUGAAACAUAUUCACUGCUUAUCGACACAUAUAUUAAAGAUCCGGAGGAAAAAGAACGGUUGUUCAACGCCAUUGAAACAAUUCCUGUCAUUAAAAAGAAGGCAGCUUGGGCCUUCAAAUGGAUUAACCGUGAUCAACCGUUUGCCGUUAGACUGUGUGCUUUUGCCGUCAUUGAAGGCAUCUUUUUCUCCGGUUCCUUUGCGGCUCUCUUCUGGUUGAAGAAGCGAGGCCUUAUGCCUGGCCUUACCUUUUCCAACGAACUGAUCUGUCGUGACGAAGGUCUUCACACGGACUUUGGCUGUCUGUUGUUCCACCAUUUGCGCCAUCAUCCUUCACACGAAACCGUAAAAACGAUCGUUAGCAGUGCCGUGGCUUUGGAACAGGAAUAUCUGACUGAUUCCUUACCUGUUGCUCUCAUUGGUAUGAACGCUUCGUUGAUGUCGCAGUAUAUCGAAUUUGUCGCCGAUCGAUUGCUCGUAUCUCUCGGUUUCCCCAAACUUUACAACGCCACCAAUCCAUUUGAUUUCAUGGAUCUCAUUUCGCUUCAAGGCAAGACCAACUUCUUUGAAAAACGUGUAUCGGAUUAUCAGCGGGCUGGUGUGAUGAACAAGGAUGCCUCUGGAAAGCAGUUCACACUCGAUGCCGACUUUUAAAUAUAAAAAAUGACUGAUUGCAAAUUUAUAUUCCAAUAUCUGUAACUGUACCGUAAUCGAAAAAUGAUUUAUCCCAGCAUCUGUGAUGUUCACGCUUAUUUAAAUAAAACCCCACCCUAAUGUUAUGCUAAUAGACUUU